AUGGAGGCGGAAGCUGCGCCAAGAAACAAGCGGGCAAGACAAGAAGAGGGACCACGAGAGGCCUAUGCUGAGCCUGCUGCCACCCCGAACCAAGAGUCGCCCAUAUUUGCCGUAUCCGCACAAGCCUACCACCGCUGGAAGUUUCCGCACUACUCCCAACCGCGGGAGGUGGGGUGCAUGUCACGGGACGCGGACCAUCAAUGGCACAACGACAGCGACCAAGAGCUCCGCUACUUCAAGGAGCCCGCACCUGGCUGCGAUCUGUCCGCCGGGUUUGACACCUUCGUGAAGAAAGACGAAGAGAAAGAGAAGCAGGAGCACAUCACGCCCAUUCUGUCGUGGCUGCACCACCAGCGCGCCGGCGGCUCUCGCGCCUCAUCAUACAAACGCAGGGAAAUGGACGUCAUCGCGCACCCACAGUUCGUGGCCUGGCGCGGCUCCUUUGCGCGCCUCCUAUGUGCUCCCUACAAUCGCAGCGAAAGCUGGCGAUUACUCGUAUGUCGAUUCAAGGGCACCAUCUACAUCGCGGACAAGGACACACCGGAGACUCAAGCGCGCCGACGCAAUCAAACGCAGCGAGAGGAGCUGAUGGGCUACUGGGGCUACAAAUUCGAAGACUACUCCACGCGGCCUCGCACCGGGCUGCAAGAACCAAAUGAAGGGCCGGUGAGCAACAUUCCGUGCUACUGCACGGUGGUGAGGGCGCGGCUGGGCUCGCACCUCCUGCUCAUGUCGGGCGAAACCGACUGCUGCAUGGAGGGUCAAGCCAAACCACCAGACAACUACGUCGAGCUGAAGACGAACAAGGUGCUAAUGACGGAGAGGGACCGAACGUCAUUUGAGCGCUACAAACUGCUCAAGUUCUGGUCGCAGUCCUUUCUCGCCGGCGUCCCGCGGGUGGUGGUCGGCUUCCGCGAUGACGAGGGCAUCGUGCGAACCGUGCAGCACUUCAAGACGCUCGAGCUGCCCCGCUUUGUGGAGGGGAAGCGCAACAUGUGGGACUCGGCCGUGUGCAUGAACUUCUGCGACCAGUUCCUCACCUGGGUCGCGUGGCUAUUCGAGCAGGAGGACCAGGAGAAGACUGCGAGUGGCGGCGAUGACGACGCCAAGGUGGUGUGGGCGCUCGACUACGGUGCGCCCUUCAGCCACGUUCAGGCCACACGCUUCAAGGACGGAAGCCUCGCCUUCCUGCCCGCCUGGUUCACCUCCGCCACGCCCACCAACCCACCAUCGCCCCACCACCCACCGCCAGACACACCGCACGCGUAA